AUGCAUUUUCACGUGGAUAAGCGGAGUGGCGUCGAAGCAGAGCUCACGCUUGUCAUAAAUGAGCCGACCUCCACCGCGGCUGCCGUGCUGGAGAUUUUUGAUGUAUUGAGAAAGCUGGUAAAUGAAACUACCAACAUAGUUCUCGAUAAACUAUCGAAAAAGGAGACGACGGAUGCUGAGGUUAUCCCUUAUGAACCUCAUGAAAUCUUAAACAGUAAUUUUGAGAGAGAAAACGUGAAGAACGAUAGAGAAGCCAGUGCCGUAGCAGGUGAGGGUGAGAAUUUUUUGAAUUUAUCCUCAAUGGCCAAGGUUUUUGUUGAAGAAAAUAACAGUUCACCAGAUGUAUAUGAAGUAAUCGAAAAGCCAGAUCAAACAAUUAAAGAUGCGUGCAAGAUUCAAUCCCUCAAAGAUGAAAAAUUCGAUAAUCGACAGGAAGAAAUUAUAACAACUAAAGAGACUUCCUUGGAAGAAAUCCAACAGUAUGCUGAUGAAUUAUCAAGUAGUUUGGACAAAGUUGCGGUUGCGGAUAGAGGCCUCGUACCAGUAGAGGAUUCAGCAGAUGUUACCUCGGGUCUGAAAGUAGAAGAUUCAAUUCAUGCACCUGAUUCAGAAGACGUGAGAAUAGACACUAGUAUUGGAGAAACCGGUGCAGAAAAUUUUGUAUCAGGCAGAAAUGGAAAAAUGGAAGAGAAUUUUGAUGUUUCACAGGAGAAAAAAGGUCGGGAAACAAUUACAUUCAGGGAAGACAAAAUGGAUGCAACCGAAAAUGAACGUGAAUUUCAGUACCCAAACAACCCUGAUACUCAUUUCCUUAAAGACGCAGAAGACAGUGCUAUCCAGGAAGGCAACAAGGCUACAACAGCACCAGAAGUCUCUAAAGUUGAAGAUCAUAGCAUUCAGACCUCAGAGAAGGUUGAAGCAAACUUACAGAAACAAGUUGAUGAGUCACAGAUAAAACAUGAGGAAUGUAUACAAAACGAAAGCGGGAAACUGUCUUCAACGGAAACUCCAACGCGAGACGUUGAUCAUGAAGAAAUUGAGGCUGGUGACUUAGGAAAGGCUGAAAUAUCUGAAGAUGAGAGAUCUUCAGAAAGUUAUUCGCUGAAUGAGAAACCUUUAGAAUCCUUACAUGUAGCUCCUGAGAAGAUUAAAACAUCUGCUUCAUGCCAAGAAGCAGAAAUAAUAAGCCAUUCACUGGAACAGGGACUAUGCGCGACUCCUCAAGAAAUCCUCAGCGAUGAAACGAAGGAUAAAACAAUUGAUGCAGCUGACACCAAGGAUGUUGCAACAAUUGAACCAAACAAGGAGCCUGGUGGUUCCAUUCCAUACUAUAGUACCAAUGAUUCGAAGGUUACUCAUCAACUGAAAGAAGGAAAAGAAAAUGAUGGUCCCUCAAUAGAUACACAACAUAAUCAUGUCAACAACAGCAAUAUAUGCAGUAAAGGAGGAGGCAACCAGAUUAACAGUCUAGACGAUCUAGAUGAUUCUAAGGCAUCACAUGAAGUGACAGAAGACCAGAGCAAAGAAACAGAAAUUCAGGUGGAUGCUGCUCAAAAGAUGACCAGCACGUCUGAUGAUAUUGAAACUCAGAUGAUGGAUAAGGAGCGCGAUACCACCAUUCUAUCAGAAGCUACAGUUGAUAAACUGAUUAAGAUUUGCCAAGAGACAACAGAGCUUGAGGUUACUCAUUCCAGUGAGAGCAUUGAACGGAAAAAGGAUUUGAACAUUACUAAUCCACUGGAAGAAGGAAAAGACAAUGAUGGUCCCUCGAUAGAUGCUCCUGUCAACACCAGUGAUGAUAUAUGCAGUAAAGGAGAAAGAGUCAAUCAGAUUAACAGUCUAAAAGAUCCAGAUGAUUCUGAGGCAUCACGUGAAGUAACAGAAGACCAGAUCAAAGAAACAGAAACUCAGGUGAAUGAUGAUCAAAAGAUGACCAGUAAGCCUGAUGGUACCGAAACACAGAUGAUGGAAAGGGAGCACGAUAACACCACUCUUUUAGAAGCCACAGCUGAUGAAACGAUUAAGAUUGGCCAAGAGAUGAAUGGCGAUCAAAAGAUGACCACUAAGCCUGAUGAUAUUGAAACACAGAUGAUGGACAGGGAACACGAGACCACCAUUCAAUCAGAUGCCACAGCUGAUGAACCGACUAAGAUUUGCCAAGAGACAACAGAACUUGAGGUUACUUAUUCCAGUGAGAACAUCAAAGGGAAGAAAGAUUUGAACGUUAUUCAUCCACUGGAAGAAGGAAAAGAUAAUGAUGGUCCCUUAAUAGAUGCUCCUGUCAACAACAGUAAUAAUAUAUGUAGCAAAGAAGGAGGAGAUCAGAUUAACAGUCUAGAAGAUCCAGAUGAUUCUGAGGCAUCACACGAAGUAACAGAAGACCAGAUCAAAGAAACAGAAACUCAGGUGGAUGAUGAUCAAAAGCAGACCAGUAAGCCCGAUGAAACUGAAACACAGAUGAUUGAAAGUGAGCACGAUACCACCAAUCAGUCAAAAGCUACAGCUGAUGAAACGAUUAAGAUUGGCCAAGAGAUGAAUGAUGAUCAAAAGAUGACCAGUAAGUCUGAUGAUAUUGAAACACAGAUGAUGGACAGGGAUCACGAUACCACCGUUCAAUCAGAAGCUACAGCUGAUGAACCUAUUAAGAUUUGUCAAGAGACAACAGAACUUGAGGAUUCUCGUUCCAGUGAGAACAUCGAAAAGAUUAUCCAAUUGGACGAGAACAGGAAUCAGCAUGUUUCUGUAGCAUCCAUUCUGGAAGAAAAAGUUGCAGAAAGGUUUGAAGAAGAGAGGAAUAAAAUUGAAUACCCCAGUAAAGAGGUAGAGGACAGCUAUCCAGUGGAUGAUGGAUGUGUCGAUAAUUCAACACAGAUCAUCAAUGCUGAUUCUGGAGCAAAGGACAACUUCUCAGUUUUAACAGCUGAAAAAACGGAAACUGGUGUUUCAUUUGAACAGGAAAAUGAAAUGAAUACAGGGGAUGUUGCAACAAUUAAGCAAAAUGAAGCGACUGGUAGUCCCAUUCCAUACUGUAGUGCCAAUGAUUUGAAUGUUAUUCAUCUACUGGAAGAAGGAAAAGAUAAGGAUGGUCCCUCAAUAGAUGUUCCUGUCAGCAAUAAUAGUUGCAUUGAAGGAGGAAGGGACCAGAUUAAUGGUCUAGAAGAUCAAGAUGAUUCUGAGGCAUUGCCUGAAGUAACAGAAUACUGGGGCAAAGAAACAGAAAGUCAGGUGACUGAUGAACACAAGAUGACCAGUGAGACUGAUGAUAUUGAAACACAGAGGAUGGACAUGGAGCACAAUACCACCGUUCUAUCAGAAGCUACAAUUGAUGAAACAAUCAAGAUUCUCCAAGAGGUGAAUGAAGAUCAAAAGAUGACCAGUACGCCUGAUGAUAUUGAGAUGCAGAUGAUGGACAAGGAGUACGAUUCCACCAUUCAAUCAGAAGUCACAGCUGAUGAAGCGAAGAUCUGCCAUGAGACAACACAAAUUGAGGUUACUCAUCCCAGCGAGACCAUCGAAAAUAUUAUCCUACUGGAUGAGAAUAGGAAUCAGCGUGCUUCUACAGCAUUCAUUUUGGAAGAAAAAAUUUCAGAAAGCUUUGAAGGAGACAAGACAAUAAAUGACAUCCCCAGUCAACAGGUGGGGGUCAGCUAUCAAGGGCAUGAUGGAUGCAUAGAUAAUUCAACACAAAUCAUCAAAGAUUCUGGAGCAAAGGAAAACUUAACAGUUUUAUCUGCUGAAGAAAUGGAGACGGGGGUUCCAUGUGAAGAGGAAAAGAAAAUGGAGGGACAUGAUACAGAGAUCUUUGAUCGAAGACUUCAAAGCCAGGACACUGACCAACAUAUAAUGAUGGAAACUGAUGGCUUCAAGGACAACUUCACAGCAGAAGAAAACAGUGCUAAAGAGAGCUUUCAGGAAGAUGAGGGAAGCAAAGAAAGUAAAAGUGUCGAAGCAGAACUGAGCACGAGGGAAGUACUCGAUGUAGUCGCAGCUCCAUCUUCAGCAAUCGAAGAAAAUAAAUUAGAUGAAACCCUGAAAAUCAAUGAAAGGAAUGUGACUAUAUCAGAACAAGAGAUAAAAAACACAGAGAAAGAAGGCACGGGAGAGAAUUUUGAGGGCACACAUUUCUCAGUGGACAAUAAAGUCAAAACCCUGGAGCAUGAGGAAGCAUCAAAUACCACCUCUACCAUUCAGAGUUCAAUUCAAUCAGAGGAAGAAGAUAUGUCGUCAAAAGAUUGCCUAGAUUUUACCGAAAACUUGUCCACUGUGUCUGGGCUAUCUGAGAGUGGUAGAGAAGACAUCAUAGAUGCAACAGAAUUGGAAGUUAUAGUAGGAACAGAAGAUCCCAACUUAAAAGAAUUUGAAUUACUAGACAAAGUACAGCUUGACGAAAAUGAUCUGGCUUCUGAAGAACUGGGAGUGGCAACCAGUAAACCAGAUAAGAAAGAGGCAGAAAGCAUAGAUAUCGAAUCUGAAUGUGAAAGAAUCUCCAACUUGGGCGAAAACAGAGACGUGUAUGUUUCUAUGAUGGGGGGAAAUGAAGCUAAGGAAUCUGUCACUGGAGAAAUAACAAAAUAUGAAGUUGAGAAUGAAACUCAGGCUGCAUUAUUAAAGUAUAAUGAUCAGGUUGCUGUGGCUGGUAAUGUUUCACAAAAUACAUUUAAUCUGAACCUUGAGGAAUCCUACAAUCCUUCAUAUGAAGAACAAAAUCUUUUGCCAGUCUCAUGCAAUGAGACAAAACAUGACAAUUCUGGAAGUAUUGAGGGUUCAAGUAGCAUCCCAGAUUCUUCUUCAGCUCUGAAGACCGCUGAAAAUAUAGACAUAGAAAAGGCUGUUGUAGGACAAGAAGACACAGCCAGAAAUGCUGAUGACUUCUUAAAGGAAAAUCUUGAUACUAAGAAAACAGCAUUGGAAUUAAACAUGGAACAUGGAAACAGAAUGGAAGACUUGGACAUCAACAGUCAGAACAGCAUGACAGAAAAGAAUCUAGAAUCAGUUGAGCCUAGCAAAGAACCCCCUCCUACAUCGGAACUAGUGAUUGAGUUCCAAGAUAACAAAAGCAACUCUGAAAAUACUAUCACUGCAGUCGUAGAAGAUGGCAUCAAGGCUACGGAGGAAAUGAAUGAGCCGAUUGGAGAAGUACUUAUAUCCCAACACUCUCUGGAUGGUACAGUAGAUACGAAUGAUGAUGGAAGGGAACACGGAGAAGAUGGAGAGCAGCAUAUUGACUCGAUACAGGAAUUUGAGAAAGCUAAUGAAUGUGACAAAACCACUGAACACGAAGAAAAGGUAAUUGAGCAAGAUUUUGAAAGCAGCCAAAGAGAAGCAAGUUGUGAAAAGAAAAUCCAAUUAGGGGCUGAUGACACAAUUAAUAGAACACCAGAUUGUGACCAAAUCAUAACAGGUGGCAGUUUGUCCGAAGAGAUUGUACAGGUGCAGCGAGAGAAUGAGAACACUGAUAGUGAAGAGAAAAUUAAAGAUAAAAUUGAGGAAGAUGGUUGCCCUGAGGAUGUUCAAAUGAUAGCUGUGGCUUAUGUAGCAAUGCACGAGAAGAAGAGCCUAGACUUGAGCUCUAUAAAGAAUCUUCUUUCAGACAAUGGUAAAGAAAAAAUUAGUCGAGACAUUGCUGAAGGUCUGAAUCAGAAUCAAGAAAAAUCAUCUGUCACAGAAGUGCCAGAAGAUGAGAAACUUGCAAAUAUUACCAGCUUGGCAUCCAUAGCAAGAAAGGAGAAUUGUGAUUACAAAGUUGUUCAGGAGCCAACUAGUUUCCACGACGAGACUGAUACUGAGGACGUGCAAGUGCUAGAUGACUCCAUCGCAUUUUCAUUGAAGGAAAAUCCAGUACAAUUAGAUCCAGAAGAAAGCACAGAACUCCUGGUUCCAUGUGGAGAAAAAGUGAAACCAGCGCAACAGGACCCAAUAACUGUACUGGAGGAAAUUGAAGAACAAUCACGAAAUGCUUGUGAGUCUGUCUAUGAAGAAAAAAUGUCUUUAGACAUUGCCGAAGAUCUCAAUUUGGAGCAAGAAGAAUUGCCUGUUACAAUAGUGUCAAAAGAUGAGAAACUUGCAAAUACGACCAGCUUGGCAUCCGUAGCAACAGAGGAAAAUAGUGAUCCCAAACUUGUUCACGAGCAAAGUAGUUUCCAUGACAAGAUUGAUACUGAGGUCGUGAAAGUGCUAGAUGACUCCAUCAAAUUUUCAUUGAAGGAUAAUCCAGUACCAGUAUAUCCAGAAGAAAGCACAAAACUCCAGGUUCCACUUGGAGGAAAGGUGGAAUCGAUGCAACAGGACGCGAUAACUGUUCUGGAGGAGUUUGAAGAACAACCACGAAAUAUUUCUGUGGCUGCCCCUAAAGAAAAUAUGACUCUAGACAUUGACGAAGAUUUCAAUCGGGAGCAAGAAGAAUUAUCUGUUACAAAAGUGUUAGAAGAUGAGACACUCGCAAACAUUACCAGCUUGGCAUCUGUAGCAACAGAGGAGAAUAGUGAUCACAAAAUUGUUCCUGAGCCAAGUAGUUUCCGUGACAAGAAUGAUGCUGAGGAUGUGCAAGAACUAGAUGAUGGCAUCACAAUUUCAUCAAAGAAUAAUAUAGUACAAGUAGAUCCAGAAGAAAGCACAGAACUCCAAGUUCCACAUGGAGAAAAAGUGGAAUCAAUGCAACAGGACCCAGUAACUGUUCUGGUGGAAAUUGAAGAAGAACAACCACGAAAUACUUCUGAGGCUGUCUCUGAAGAAAAAAUGACUCUAGACAUUAAUGAAAAUCUCAAUCAGGAGCAAGAAGAAUUAUCUGUUACUAAAGUGUUAGAAGAUGAGAAACUCGCAAAAAUUACCAGCUUGGCAUCUGUAACAAUAGAGGAGAAUAGUGAUCACAAAAUUGUUCCCAAGAUAAGUAGUUUCCAUGACAAGUCUGAUGCUGAGGAUGUGCAAGUGCUAGACGAUGCAGUCACAAUUUCAUCAAAGGAGAAUAUAGUACAAGUAGAUCAAGAAGAAAGCACAGAACUACAGGUUCCCCGUGGAGAAAAAGUGGAAUCAAUGCAACAGGACCCAAUAACUGUUCUGGAGGGAAUUGAAGAACAACCACGAAGUACUGCUGAGGCUGUCUCAAAAGAAAAUAUUACUCCAGACAUUGCCGAAGAUCUCGAUCAGGAGCAAGAAGAAUCAUCUGUCACAGAAGUGCCAGAAGAUACGAAACUUGCAAACAUGACCAGAUUGGCAUCUGUAGCAACAGAGAAGAAUAGUGAUUGCAAAAUUGUUAACGAGUCAAGUUGUUUCCAAGACAGGACUGAUACUGAGGAUUUGCAAGUGCUAGAUGACUCCAUCACAUUUUCAACGGAGAGUCUAGUACAAGUAGAUCCAAGAGAAAGCACAGAACUCCAGGUUCCAUGUCAAGAAAAAGUGGAAGCAAUGCGACAGGACCCAAUAAGUGUUCCGGAGGAAAUAGAAGAACAACAACCAAUAAAUGCUUUUGAGGCCAUUUCAGAAGCAAAAGGAGUUAUUUGUGAAGGAGCAAAGAGAACUACUCACAGUUGCGAAGAGAUAACGGGUAGUUCCAGUUUAGUGGAAUUAGAUGAAAUCUCACCAUACAACUCUCUUCAGGAAUCUAGAAAAGAGACACUGCAGAUGGGUGAAGAUAAAGGAACUGAAAAACAACAGGACAAUCUUCAUACUUUAGCACACACCAAAGAGUUGCCCGUGGAAAUUACACAAAAGGAUGCUCAAUUGUAUGUUGCAAGAGCAGAUGGUUCUGAAGACACUGGAGUAAUGGAGAAAUUAGUGGCAGCCUCUCUACCGGCCUCGGUUGAGAACAUGGUAGAAGAAGCAGAAUUUGCUAAGAAUUCAAUCAGCAACAAGAAUACUAAGCAGCUGAAACAGGAAGAUACAUCAGAAACAUUCCUGACUGAUGUAAAAAAUAUGAGACCUGCAGAAGAGCCAGAGGAGGCAAAAUGCGGCCAAGAGAAAAUGACUGUUGGUGAAACAAUAGAAUCAAGAAAGGAGUCAACAUCAAUAGAGAUUGCUAAAAUUUCAUCGCCUGACUUUCUUCAGUUAUAUUCCAUGGAAACCUCACAUGCAGAAGAUCAUUCUACUAAAGAGAAAGAGCUGCAUGCAGAAAAAGUUGAACCUAUUGAAGAUGAAGGAGCAAAAUCACAAGAAAAAGAUGAAGAAGAGGAAGCAGGAAACCAGAAAAAGACUGCGGUUGAUGUAGCAAUCCACGAGGAAAAGGGCCUAGAUUCGAGCUCUAUGAAGAAUCUAGACGAAACAAAUUUGGACGACAGGAAAGACAAAAUAACUCGAGACAUUUCAGACAAUAUCAAUCGGGAGCAAGAAGAAUUGUCUGUCACAACAAUGUCAGAAGAUGAGAAACCUGUAAACAUGAUCAGUUUGGCAUCUAAAGCAAUAGAAGAGAAUAGUGAAUCAAACAGUUUCCAUGACAAGACAGACUCCAAGGAUUUGCAAGUUCUGGAAGACUCCAUCACGUGUUCAAAUAAGGAAAACAUAGUGCAUGUAGAUCCAAAAGAGAGCAUAGACCAGGAUCCAAGUGAAGAAAAGGCAGAAUUAAUGCAACAGGACCCAGUAACUGUUCUGGAGGAAAUAGAAGAACAACAAACAGGAAAUGCUUCUGAGACUGUCUCGGACGCAAAAAGAGUAAAUAGUGAAGAAGGAGAAAAAGGAAUUACAGACAAUUGCGAAGAGUUAGUAGCCAGUUCCAGCUUUGUGGCAAUAGAUGAAACCUCAAAUUCCAACCCCCUUCUGGAAUCUAGAACAGAGAUAUUACAGGAGGGUGAAGAAAAAGAAACUGAAAAUCAACAAAACAGCAUUCACAUUUUAGCACGUGCCAUUGAUUCAACCAUGGAAAUAACACAAGAGGAUGCUCCGUUGUGCAUUGCUAGCGCUGAUGGUUCUGAUGACCAUCAAAUAAUGCAGAAGUUAGAGGUAGUCUCUCUACUGGCAUUGGAUAAAAACGUGGUCGAUGAAGCAAACUAUGAGGAAACCUCAAAUGUGGAAGAUCAUUCGACUAAAGAAAAUGAGCUAACAAUCAACAAAGAAGAGUUGCGUGAAGAGAAAACAGAACCUAUUGAAGACAAAGGAGCAAAAGCACACGAAGAGGAAGCAGGAAAAUCGAAAAGGUCCGACUUUGGUUCUCAAGCUCUGACCUUGGUGGAGGAAAGAGACAAGGAUGUCAGUGGUUCAGUGUCUGAAGCCCCAGAUGAGGAUCUCAAAGUUGAAGGAGAAGCAGAUAAGUUCGCCGACAAGGCUGAUACUACACCAAGUACUGUGAUGAAGAAAGAGAUGAGUGUGGAGGAAAUCUGCGACAAUGAAAAGUCUAUUAAUUCACGGGAUGAAACCCCAGAAAUCACCAAUGCAACUUCUGAUGACCUAGAAGGUCAAGAAGUUGAGAGUGCAAGGGUUGUAGAAACCUCUCCCUCAGUACCUCAAUCUGAAACAGUUGAAGCCCAGAAUGCAUACAUUGGAAUUGUAGUUGUGGAACAUUUAGAAUCAAGUGAAGUUGAAUUUGCAGAUGAAGAAAACAAGGCUGGAUCAGUAUACAAGUCUAAUGAUCAGAACGUAGAAGAGCUCAAAUCUUCGGAAUUCCCAACUUUGACAAAGAAUAAUGCAGAAAACAGUGAGAAGAAAACGGACAAAGGUUAUGAGAAAGGCUUUGAGACCAAAUAUGGGAGAGCAGAUGCUGUGAUUGAAGAUAAUAUAACCUGUGAUCAGGUAAAAAAAGAACUUCCAGAGAAACCGCUAGAAUUGCUUUCCAAGGUACAGUUAUUUGAUAACAAAUUUCAGAGCACAGAGAACAACAAUCAUGGAGCGAAUGAGGAAGGCCUGGAACAUGGAGACGAGGCAUCGAAAGACGAGGACAGUUUGAGUAAUAGUACGAUAAAGGAGGAAGUUGAUAAUGUGGUUGAUUCUAAUUUAGAAAUUCUUCAACCAGAAAUGCUGGAAAAGGUUCUUGAAUCUGAGACCCAAGUUCAAAGUUUUGAAGUAAUCACAGAAGGGGGACAGACAAAAACAGAGGAAGAGAAUCUUGAGGCAGCAAAAGAAGAAAUUAGAAAUGGGGAAAUUGUGGCUGAAGAAAUUUUUGAAGCAAAAGAAAGCGAGAAAAUCGACAUAUCAAGUGAAAAGACCAAGGAUGAAGCUGAAGCUGUAGAGGAUUGUCAGCUUGGAUCUUCAGAGAGAGAAACAAUCCCAGAAAGGUACCAAGAGGGUGAGGAAAAGCCAGAAGAAUAUCUGAAAGUAAAGACAGAAGCCAUAAAGAGUACAAAUGAAAAGGUGUCUGGAAAUUUUGAAAAGACUUUUGUCAAUAAGAAUGUCAGUGAACAUAUUGUGUUAGACGACAAGGCUGUUGAAGAGCCGAAGGAAUCAAUUGAUGGAAUCUUCCAAGUAAAAGAGGAGGAAAAGAUUGCUGAGGGAAUAACGACUAUAGUAAACAAUCAAGAAAAGGCUCACAAGUUAGAUGAUGUAUAUGUAGAGACUGGAAGGGAGAUAUUAAGUGAAGAGGAACAAGUAGUGCUUUCAGCAAGAGAAGGAGAGGUUACAGUGGGUGAAGCUGAUAGUUGUAGCAGACAAACUGAAGAUGGAAAUGAGAAGCCUGAUUUCUCAUCUCACAGCAAGGAUACAUCAGAAAUAUCACAUAGUGGUGGGGUCUUGGGUAUUGCAAAAGAAAAUGAAAACUCCGCAGGCAUAAGAAUGUUAGAGAAAAUCUUUACUGGCAUGACCAAAAGUGAGAUUUCUGAAUUGGCUUUUCCAAAUGAAAGUGUAGAAGCCAUAACAUCCACAGUCAGUAAAGACAUACAAUCAAUGGAACAGGACUCUGAAGCAAUAACAGUCAAUGCUGAAAUGCACGAAUCAAAAGCCGGAACUGCUUCCUGUGAAGUACAAGAAGCAACAGGAGUGCAGAGUAGAGAAGAGGAAAAGGCCAAGGAUGAUUACAAAGAAAUGACAGGGACCUCCACAUCCAUGGAGUGCGCCAUUUCAACAUCAAAAAUCAAGCAUGGAUCUGCAGUAGAAACCCCGGCGGUGGUUGAAGAUCACAAAGCUGAAGAUAAACUCGUCGAACUUCAUCACUUAACUCAUCUACACCACAUCCAGGAUUCUGAAGGAAAAACAGAGGAAGAUGGCCCUGUGGAUCUUCAAAGAGCCAGCAAUAUAACUGAGGAUAUUCAAGAGUUGGAUGAAAGAUCCAUUGCACUAUCAAAUAAAGAGAAUCUUGCAGAGACAGAUCCAAAUGGAAUCAAAGAACACAAUGUUUCAAGUCGAGGAGAAGGAGUUGAAUUAAUUCAACGGGACCUCGUGCAAGCAACUCUCCAGCAGGAAAUAGAAAACCAGCAACCAGGAAAUUCUUCAGAGGCUGUCUCAGAAGCUAAAGAUGCAAUUUGUGAGGAAGAAAAGGGUUCUGCAAGUGAGGCAGCACAAGGCACUAAAGAUAAAAAUACUCCAACUAAAUGCCACGAGCUUCCCGUUUCAUCGGAUGUCAAAUAUCCAGACAUGGAAAAAACACAUAUGGAUGUUGAAUCGUGGGUUGAAAGAGUUGAUGGUAUUGAUGUCACAAAUGUAAUGCAAAACCUAGAUGCAACCUCUGUACCUGCAUCAGAUAAGCAAACAGUUAUAGAUGCAUAUCACACCAAGAAUGCAGAAUUCUUCAAUUCAACAGUUGACAACAAAUACAUGCCACGGCUGCAACAGGACGCUGCUGAAAUUUUUUUGGCUGAAGGUGAAAUACCUAAACCUUCUGAACUUGAGCAAGAGGGAGCAAAAUAUGUGCAAGAGGAAAGAACAGCAGAUGAAACAAUUGAAUCAACUAAGAAGUCCGUGUCAACAGAGAUAGCUAAUACUUCAAUAUCAGACCUUCAGGGCUCCCUCAAAGAACCCUCGGAAAUGGCUGAUCAUCACCCCGAAGGAAGAGAGACAACAGAACAGAAAGAAGAGCUGAAGGCGGAAAAAACAGAAGAGGCUGAACAUGAGGAAAAAAGUGAUGAAGAAAAAGACAAUCACGAGGAAUCAAGCGAACAGAAAGGAUCUGACUUGGGCUCUGAAGCUCCUGUCUUGGUGGAUGCAGGGGAUGUAGUUACUAAAGUUUCUCAUAAGAAAUCACACAACAUUCUGUCAGGUGUAGGAUCGAAAGUGAAGCAUUCAAUUGCCAAGGUGAAGAGGGCCAUCAUUGGAAAGUCCUCUCAUCCAAAGCCACCAUCGCCUAAAGAAAGUGAGAAAUGUUAA